CGUUCGCCUCGGCGUACUGAAAAAAUACUGAGAUACAUGGUAAACAACAGCUGUUCGGCGGCUGUUUGCAAGCCAACCCUGUCUCGUCUUGCAGGGCUGCAUUACCGGCGCAGAUUUUUCGGCGCGUGCAUUUUAUAAACAAGAUUUCCGUAAAUAAGUUGAGUUUUUAUCAUGUUCGACGUUGAACCGAUUAUUGCCGACCACAAGGAUGUGAUACACGACGUGGUAUUCGAUUACUACGGCCGCAGGAUGGCUACCUGUUCCAGCGAUCAGACCGUCAAGAUUUGGGACGAGGAUGGGCAGGGCAAGUGGAAUGUCACGAGCAGCUGGAAAGCACACUCCGGCUCCAUUUGGCGCGUUUCCUGGGCGCAUCCGGAAUUUGGCCAGGUUGUGGCCACCUGCUCCUUCGAUCGCACAGCCUCCGUUUGGGAGGAGGUGAUUGGCGACAAGGUAUCCGCCACCAAUACCCCCACUCGCCGCUGGGUGCGCCGCACCACCCUUGUGGACUCGCGGACCAGUGUCACGGAUGUGGAGUUUGCGCCUAAGUACCUGGGACUCCUGCUGGCCACCGCUUCCGCCGACGGCAUCAUUCGCAUCUAUGAGGCCCCGGACAUUAUGAACCUCUCGCAGUGGCCCGUGCAGCACGAGAUUAGCAACAAAUUGCCGCUGAGCUGUUUGUCCUGGAACACUUCCACUUACAUGGUCACCCAGCUGCUGGCGGCGGGCAGUGACGAGGCGGCCACGCCUACUGGCAAGGUGUUCUUGUUUGCCUACAGCGAGAAUUCCCGGAAGUGCGUUAAAAUCGAUACUGUCAAUGAUAUAACCGAUCCGGUCACGGAUGUGGCCUUUGCUCCAAAUGCCGGACGCACCUUCCACAUGCUGGCCGUGGCCAGCAAGGAUCUUUAUAUUGUGAACUUGCGGGGUGUAACGGACGCCACUGACAUCUCCAAGCUGGACAUUCAGACCAUUAAGUUUAGCGAGCACAAUUGCCCAGUGUGGCGCGUCUGCUGGAAUAUGCUGGCCACGAUGCUGAUCUCCACGGGCGACGACGGUUGUGUGCGUCUGUGGCGAAUGAACUACAACCGGCAGUGGCGCUGUGCCGCCGUCUUGAAGGCAGAGGGCAGCGGACCCACCUACGAGCCUGCUCCGCCCACUCCGACACUGGCCACUACCGCCUCGGCCACGGCCAAGUUCUACAAGAAGGGCACCAUCGGCAACCAGGUGCCGUGGCACUGAUCUUGUUCUUAAUUUUAAGAGUCCCGAAUAAAUUCCUAAGUUAAACCUCA